AAACAGCAGAGCUCUGCGAAAACGACUUUUACCUAUCCGCAUCCAACAUCAACUGGGAGCCAACGGACGACGUUAAAACCCGUCAGGUCUCUCACAUAAAUGUCCCUAUGGAUUACUAAUACACUUUCGUCGAAAAAAAGAAGUGUUUCUCAACUUGGCAGCAUAGCCUCAGAUUCAUUACACUGGUCACCCAGAGGACUCAUAGAGAGAUGAAGACUUUAGAGGAGCCCCCCUACUUGACAGUAGGGACAGAUGUGAGUGCCAAGUACCGAGGGGCUUUCUGUGAGGCCAAGAUUAAGACUGCUAAGAGGCUAGUCAAGGCCAAGGUGACCUUUAAACCAGAUCUGUCCACUGCUGAGGUUCAUGAUGAAAACAUCAAAGGACCUUUAAAGGUGGGGGCUGUCGUGGAGGUGAAGAAUCAGGAUGGAGUUUACCAGGAGGCAACAAUCAAUAAGCUGACCGACGCGAGCAUAUACACUGUUGUGUUUGACGACGGCGAUGAGAAGACCCUGAGACGAUCCUCUCUUUGCCUGAAAGGAGCGCGUCACUUCGCAGAGAGCGAGACGCUCGACAGACUCCCCCUUACUAACCCCGAGCACUUCGGGACACCUGUCAUUGGUAAGAAGGGCAACCGCGGCAGACGAUCAAACCCAGUCCAAGAAGAAGAGUUGUCUUCAUCUUCCAGUGAAGAAGAGGAGAGUGACCAGCGACAGAAUGAGGACCUGUUUGGCAAAGUGGUCUCCGUGGAGGGUGUCCCCACCGGGGACAAAAAGAAGACCACGUGGUAUCCUGCGCUGGUCAUCUCCCCGGACUGCCAUGAAGACGUUACUGUGAAGAAGGACAACGUCUUCGUCCGCUCUUUCAAGGAUGGGAAAUUUUAUAUGGUGCUGAGGAAGGACAUACGCGAGAUAAACAGCGACUGUCCCCCAAAAGCUGAUGCAGGUCUCAAACCAGCGCUGGACUCAGCCUUGGAGUUCCAGGAGCACUUGGUCAUACCCGGCACCUGGAAGACGGAAGUGAAAGAGGAAAGUUCCAGCAGUGAGGAUGAGGAGGAUGAUGAAGAGGAAGACCAGGAGGAGGAUGCCAGUGGUGAAGAAGAGGAGGAGGAAGUGGAGCCAUUCCCGGAGGAGAGGGAGAACUUUCUGCAGCAGCUGUACAAGUUUAUGGAAGACAGAGGAACUCCCAUCAACAAACGACCUGUUCUGGGCUACAGGAACCUGAACCUGUUCAAACUCUACAGGCUGGUGCACAAACUGGGAGGCUUUGACAAUAUUGAAAGUGGCUCUGUUUGGAAGCAAGUCUAUCAGGAUCUGGGAAUUCCUGUGCUCAACUCAGCCGCUGGCUACAAUGUCAAAUGUGCUUACCGCAAGUACUUGUAUGGUUUUGAGGAGUACUGCACAUCCACUGCAAUCACCUUCAGAAUGGACCUCCCGCUGAAGCAGGGUCCCAAGGGGGAAGUGAAGUCUGAAGGAGAAGCGGGAGGAAACGCUCCCACGUCAUCCACCUCAGAAGAGCCCACAGCAAAGGCGAAUGAAGAAUCCUGUACUACACAGUCUGUAGAUUGCAAGGAGGAAAAACCUGAUUUGACCCGAACCAAAAUGGAUACCGAACCAUUAAAGAGUGACGAAAAGGACAGUGGAAACGAUGAUGAUGAUGAUGAGGAGGAGGAGGAGGGGGAUGAGGAGGAGGAGGAGGAGGAGGAGGAUGAUGAUGAUGAAGAAGAUGGUCCACAUGAGGGAAAAGCUAAUGAGGACUUGUUGACACAAAACGUCGGGCCUGAGAACAUGAAGCAGGAGCCCGGCGAGGAGCAAGAGAGCAAGGACAACUCUGGGGAUGACAGCAGUCAGGAGGGGGAGGAAGGGGAGGAGUUUGAGUGUUACCCCCCGGGGAUGAAGGUGCAGGUGAGGUAUGGGCGAGGCCGCAAUCUGAAGACGUACGAGGCCACUGUGAAAGAGGCAGACGUGGAGGGGGGAGAGGUGCUCUACCUGGUGCACUACUGUGGCUGGAACGUCAGAUAUGAUGAAUGGAUCAAAGCUGACAAGAUUGUGCGCCCUGCCAAUAAGAAUGUACCAAAAAUAAAACACCGCAAAAAAAUAAAGAACAAAGCUGAGAGGGAACGAGACAGGUUGGAGAGGCUCAAUGACAGAGACGUCCUUGGCCCUUCGUCCAAUGCAAAUCGCCUCCCUCGCUCCAAAUGUGGGCUGAGUCAGGAUGUCUUUUCCAAGAUGGAUGAGGGCGAGGACAAAGGGACUCAGCAGCCUCCGGUCAAGUCCAUUGAAAUCACUUCUAUCCUCAAUGGUCUGCAAGCGGAGAUGUCUACGGACGAAAGUGAGCACGAGGAUGAGGAAGGGGAACAAAAUGAAGAGGAUCGCCCAGGUUGCAGAGGCAGCCUCAGGAAGCCCCCCUCAGAGCCACUGCAAACGUCAGAGCACUGGGAGGGUGGGGCCCCUCCCGAAGGAUCCAAACCUCCUCCAGUCUCAGGAAAAAGCCAGGAUUUAGUCAGUCCAGAGAGCACUGAUGUCGGAAAGCGCAGAAACCAAUCGGAGGCAGAGGGAGAUGUGAGCACCAAGAAGCGGAAAUCCGACAGUGCAGUGGAGAGAACUUUGAGAGGUCAAUCCAAAGCUAAGUCCAGAAACACCAGGAGCGCCGACUGGCUCCCGGGAGGCUCUCCCAAGAAGCUGGAAGACAGAGCGGCGGGCCCUGGAGAGGAGAGGGGAGCCACGUUGAGCAGCAGUUCUGAUGAUGAGGCUGCAGCGCUGGCCGAGUCCCAUGCUGAGGAAUGUGAGCGAAGCCGCUCAAAAACCAAAGGCUCUCCUUCCAAGAAGUACAGUGGGAUUAAGGAGAAGAACAAAAGUAGCAGACAAGCUGCGUUCUGGGAGGUUCCUGAGAAGAGGCCCAAAAUGUCUGGGAAUGCAGAAGAACGACCUGCCGUUCGCGCUAAGGGACAAAAAGACGUGUGGUCCAGCAUUCAGGCCCAGUGGCCCAAGAAGACACUCAAAGAGCUGUUCUCCGACUCGGACACGGAGGCAGCCAAUUCUCCUCCACCACCUGUUCCCUCAUGUAUGGAGGAGCCACGUGUGGAGCAGGAGCUCGGGCCUGAGGAUGAAGCCUCAGAGGAGCAGAUGGAGAACGACAAACUGCAGGAGUUCCCGAGCAGUGGCAGCAACUCUGUUCUUAACACACCACCAACCACGCCAGAGUCCACAUCCGGAGGAGGCAGUGCUCAGGAAGAAUCUAGUCAAGCACAGCCAUCCUCGCCACCACCGUCCAUCCCUUUCACUUUGCCUUCAGAGCCGGUUUCUGAUGCUCUGCCUUCAGGACCCACACAGGAGGAAGUGACAGGCGGCCGCAGCGAGACGGACAGCAGCACGGUGGAAGUGGAAAGCCUCGGAGGGGAGCAAGACCUCCCUCAGGAUGAAGGGGCGGGUUCCCCAUCAAAGGUGUUUGACGUCAGCCUCUCCUGCAACAGUAGCAGCAUCUGCAGUCUGGAGUUGAGCAACAGCAGCCAACAGGAGAGUGAGCAGAAGUCCAAAGCGUCUGUGAGUCAGAAGCGGCAGAAAGAAUCACAGCCAGGUGGAGCCUCAAAGAAACAUAAGCCAAACCGCAAGAGCCUAGGUGUGCCUCCCAAAAAGAAUAGGAAAACAGCCAACAGCAGUGACAGCGAGGACCAGUCUGUGGCUGAGGGCACUGCCAAAACAACUGCCUCUAAGAACAACGUAUCCGACGUGAAGGCUGCCACUUCGCCCAAGUGUCACGGGCGAUCUCCCCCCUCGAGCCAUAAGUACCACAAGCACGGUGAAGCUGACCACCCCCAGCAUCGGGACAACCAUGGAAGAUCACCACGCGUGUACAAGUGGAGCUUCCAGAUGUCGGACUUGGAGAAGAUGAGCAGCCUGGAGAGGAUCGCUUUCCUUCAGGAGAAGCUGCAGGACAUCAGGAACCACUACCACUCCCUCAAGUCUGAGGUGGCCUCCAUUGACAGACGCCGAAAACGCAUGAAGAAGAAAGAACGGGAAAGCACUGUGGCUGCUUCCUCUUCCUCAUCGUCAUCCUCCUCGCCGUCCUCCAGCUCACUGACGGCGGCCGUAAUGCUGACGCUGGCCGACCCUCCGGUCUCAUCCUCAUCCUCCUCAUCUCAGAACUCUGGGGUAUCAGUGGAGUGCAGGUGACAGGACGAACCAGCAACGAGCCACCGCACUAAGCACUUAACCAGCACCCUGGGGUCACCACCCCCGCUACCUUCCAACAGGACGGUCAAGUCAACCUGCAUACUGUAACUACUGGGGCACAAAAAAGAACAGACCAGAGACAAAAAAACAAGAAACAAGCACUAUUUUCUAUUGACAACUGUUUCCUUGGCAAGCUAAUGGCACUUAAGUGCACUUUUAUGAAGAUUGUGUAGGGAUGACAUUUGUCAAAAAUAUAUACAGAUUUGUCUUAUGCGCUCUCCUCAAUUGAACAUUUAUAAGAAUUGUUUUUGCAAGCAAUAACUGUUUCCAUUUGAUAAAGUUCUAUUGGUAAGGGAUGAUUUUCACUGAAGACCUCUUUGCUCUGUCCUCAGAGUUCCACAUGGUGCAGCCUGUGCUGGCCAUAUUAUUAUUAUUAGUAUUAUCAUUAUUACUAUUAUUAUUAUUGUUAUUAUUAUUAAUAAUAUUAUCGUUAUUAGGGGAAUUCAGAGGAACACUGCCACAUUGGCAUCAAGCACGUGUGAAAUGUAAUUUUUGCCAUGGUUCUCUGUCCACUGUCACUUAAAAAAGGCCUUAGUGUGGCUAAACCUCAAGUGGUUGACUUGCAUACGGGCACGUGGGCCUGUACACUGGUAGUGGAUCGAUGGAUGCACUGCAGGUCCACUGACGGAGUCGGUGAAUACAUUUGGAAUGAUACUGUAGUGCAGCCGUGGUCAACCCUGAUCCUCAGCAGCCACGGCCCUUCUUGUUUCCCUGAUUACCUGCAUCAGUGAAGCAGAAGCUGUGUGCACAGAGAAGGGUGAAAGACAAGUAGGGUGGUGACCCUCGGGGCCAGAGCUGAUCGUCGCUGCUGUUGUGCCUUUUUGUUCUUCCCCUUGGGGCACUUUGAGAAAGGACAGCACUUUUUUUCCUGAUUCUCUUGUAAGAUCAGAGGAUCUUGUGGAAUAAUGUGUGCCUGUAUGAGUGACAGGUAGUGGAGGGCUGAGUCUGACGCAUGCGGACGGUUUAACACAGCUAAAGUAAUGUUAUUGAAAAAGCAAAGUUACUACUGAAUACUCAUCCACGUUGGGUAUAACUUAAGGUUAAGUUGUGCAGUUUAAAAUGUGCACUGACAGAUGAUGUGAAUCCAGCAGCCACCUUGCUUCUGUUUUAUCAGCCUUUUAAAAGCCUGUCUUCAUUUUAUUGUUUUCAUCACUCAUUUUCCCUCAUCUCAAGUCCUCAACGUCCUCACUGAAUAUUUGAUGACGCACAUCUGCAACUGGAUAAAGUUAACUUGAAGUUAGCCAGUAUUCAUAUACAUGAAUGAAGCUGAAUACCGCUUUCGCAGUGUUUCACACUAUGAAAUUAUUUAAUUCCAUUACGUUUCUGCUUCAUUGAAUAAAGUAUUGUUCUACUUUUAGUAAUGAUCAAUAACCCCAUGCCUGCUUCUGCUCAUACUCAUCCCUACCAAAAAUAUUUGGGUCUGUCUCCUGUACUGCGACCAGAUUAGAGGUAAAGCUAUUGUAAAUGUGCAUUUAUAUCAUAAAGUGAUGUGUGUAUACAUUUCUGAAGACAUCUCCAGUGUUCCCUUUGUAUAGACCCCCUGCUGUAUGAUAACCUGAAGUUACAUUUUGUUUGGCACUUGUAUGUAAUUGUAUGCUUUUUGUUAUACAUUUGUAUAUUGAGAAGUGUUUUGAGUCAAGCUAUUUAAUAUCUUGCACUGGUUAUAACAUGUACUUUUCUGUACAGACAGUUUUACGGUUUUAACUGUAGUUUGUGUAAAUACUGAGGGUUACAGCAUGUUUGUUCUCUCCUUUUCUCGCCAUUUUAGUUCUUUUGGAGGAGAAGAUUUGGGUUUUUGUUCUGUUAGGCCUCUUUUAUCAGUUUUAAUAGUUAUGUUUUCUUUCUUUUUUUAAUUCCAUGUUUGUUUUAGUUUGUAUUCUGUUUUAUUGUUUUGUUUUUUCUAGAGCUUGUGCUUGUAAGAAGAGAAUGGUGAUUUGGAUGUGACUGAACUAUUUUCCAACCUGUACAUGGCCUGAAGCUGAAGCUGUAUGAUCCUGUAUGUGGGAAAAAAAGGUUUCGAUCAUAGGUAAAGAGAGAGUAAUAGAGCUUAUUAAAAAAUGCUCAAUAGUAUUUAUUAGGCUCAUCUGAUGAUGGUCAUUGUGUAAUUUAUUGUAAAAAUGUAAGCAAAGCAGAAUUCUCUGUUUGAAAUAAAUACCAUAGUUUGUGAAGUA